AGAAGAGCAAAACAGCGUCACGUCACAUGCUUAUAGUCACGCGUCCCCGUCGCCGUCGUUCCCGUCGUCGUUCUCACGCAUGCGUCGGAAAUAUAUUUCAUUAUAGAGCUAUCAGCAGCAGAGGGAUGAUACUCGACUUCUGUCCAUCGGCGAAGUCGUUUCAAGUAGUCGUGAGAUGUGAUCACGUCGGGGAGGAGAUCUGUCUUUGUGCUCAAUUGCAAACAAUAUUAUUGUACUUAUCGCGACCGCGACUCGUUUUAUUCCAGAAAUCCGUCAUGAACGUCAAUUGUCAGCGAGACGAUCGAUACGGGUGGCGGAAAGAAGUAUACGAGGGUGAAAAUAUUCUGACGUGUAUGUCAUGCCAACGAAUUCAGCAAUAACCCUCCGGAAUUUUCCGGGGGAAGAAACGUCGCCAAGUCGUUGACGACAAUAAUUAACACUCAGUAAUGAUCAAUUAACUUUAUAUUAUCUUGUGGCAAUAUUCCGCAUAUUAGUCGAUAAAGAGAAAAAGAACCGGCGAUAGCGGCAUUCACGGCUGCCGCAUAAAAGUAUUGCGCUACAGAAUUGAAUAUUAUUGAGUAUUAAUAUCACGCGCGAGCGAGUAUUCUCGCUGUCUCAAUUUUGGAACGGAAUAUUACCUUCUUUUUCUUAACGCAUUUAAAGUUCUAUUCCAGUGCGAGAUUCCACACGCGAAACGACGCGUUUCAAAUGAAAAAAAGAGGAAAAGAAACCGAAACGACAUUUUGCAUGUAAUUAACAGAUUUAAUCUUUAUCUCAUCGCGAGAUCCUGUAACAUUAUAGACUGACUGUGAUGUGACGCAAGAUAGAAAAAGCAAACGCGCGACGAUUUUGUUACGUGGAUACAAAUGUACUACGUGUCAUGAGUAUUAAUAUCAUGCGGUAAAAAACGAGAAAAAAAUAAUAGCGCAUCGUAUAUUACAUUUCUAUUGAAACGUGAUGAUUGGAGGCCGACGCCUAUUACCGGACACCACAGGAGAGAUUUAUGCGAGGAUAAAAACGAAGGGACGAGCUUAUGAAUGAGCGCUGUGAACCAGCGCAACCUAAUGAAAAUAUUCGUAAACAUGAAAAAGAGAUUACUGUGGUGCGGCUUCGCCUUCGCCGUCGUGCUUCUCAUCCUCAUGAUCUCGACUGAGAACAACAUCAUCCAAAGGAUACCGUUCCUCGACGUGUCGGCGAUCAACGAUAUCAGAUGCUAUGAUGAAACCUCAUCCGCAGAUGGCAUCUAUGAUUUUAAUCCAGAAUCAAACGACAAACCAAUACCAGGAAGGAACAUCUUCUUUCACGAGACUUCCUGCUUCGAUGAGGAGGGUCUUGUGCUGAACGCCCGGCAAGCCUGUGCCGUGGAAUCGGCGGCGCGGAUGAACCCGACGAUGACCGUUUAUUUGCUGUUCGUCAGCAAAUCUGAAUUCUCCAACAGCACGCGCGAAAUCAUCAGACACCUGCUCAUCAACUACCGUAACAUCAAGAUUCGGCACAUUUAUCCAGAUAGAUACGUAAAGGGCACGCCAUUGGAGGCUUGGUACACCAGCGGCGCGCUGAAGAAGAGCCACUGGCCCAUCAGCCACAUGUCCGAUAUGCUGCGUUACUUGACUCUGUGGAAGUACGGCGGUAUCUAUCUCGACCUAGACGUGGUGGUCACCAGUUCGCUCGAAAAUCUGACGAAUUUCGCCGGUGCCGAGGAUUGGGAUGAUGUCGCCGCUGGUGUCAUGGGCUUCGACAUGUCAGAGCUUGGUCGACGUGUAGCCGAUGCCUGCAUACGCGAUCUCAAAAAGAACUUCCGUGGCGAUGUCUGGGGUAACAACGGACCCGGAGUUAUCACGAGGACGUUACAGAAGCUUUGUGGGACGAUGAAUGCGCGUGAUAUGACGACCGUCCGUUGCCGGGGCUUUACGGUAUAUCCGCCGUCGGUCUUUUAUCCGAUUCACUAUAAGAAAUGGAAGAAAUAUUUCGACGCAAAGGACAGUAAUGCGACGUUGAAGAUAUUGAGCAAGGCGAAGGCGAUUCACGUGUGGAAUAAGUUGAGUAAAGCUGAACAGGUGCGAGUGAAAAGUAACGUGCCGUACGCCAUUGUCGCGCGAAAUUAUUGUCCUUACGUUUUCAACAACUGUGGUAAAAUAUUUUGAAUCCAAGUAUAGUUAUAGAAAUAAUUAACGGAAGUUUGACUGAUAGAACCAUAUAGGAAAAAUUACGAUCCAUGCGAUUUCUGUAGACAAAAAUGCAUUUAUCUGGCACUAAGAAAGAGCGCGUUAAUAAUCAAGAGUUUGCCAAAUCAAAUGUGUUUAACGAGAAAAAGGCUGAUUUAGAAAAGUGUUCUAAUGAUCCUGCAAUACUUGUACAUAAGAAUAAAGCGUACGUUUGUAACAAUGUUCGAUAGAAAAACUAUAAGUCUGUUCUUUAUAGCUGAAUUGGCUGCACUAGUUCAGUUUUAUUUUUCUCCUUCCAAUGUAGAAAGAAAAAGAUAAACUCUGGACUAAUGCAAGUAGUACAGUCACUUCAGCUGUAAAAAGAAGACUUUAUAGCGUCGCUAAUAGAGUAUUAACACAAAUUUAUUAAAUAAUAAAUCGUGCUACGACUCGCGACGUAACGUCGCUUCCUAACUUGUAUGUAUCUUGUAUAUAUAAUGUGAUGACCUCGACAAUGUAACAUUGAUAUAUUGAUCACUUGUACAAGCCAACAAAUCAUUCCUCUUACGCCAUCAAGGCGAAGAAGUCUAUUUUUACUAUUGAAGAGACUCAAUAAUUGUAUUUUUCGCAUUUAGAUUAUAUAAUAAAAGGAAAGUAAUUUUGCUCAUAAAAUUAUUCAAAUAAAAACUCUAUAAUAAAGUUAGUCUCUAUGGUCAAUAAAAAUAUUUUAGUGAGCGAAAAUCAUUGCAAAAGAAUUAUUUUCAUUGAAUAAAUUUCUAAUAUAAAUGUCUCAAGUGUGUAUCGUUUACGCGUGCAUUUAAUUCUCAGAAAUUAAUAUCUAUUUUAAAUCAAGACACGUUAUGUCGAUUGUUCUAUCGAAAUACGAAUAGUGUAUUAAUUGACGGAUUAGUAUUCUUAAAGUGGACAAUUGCUCAGCAUAAAAAAAACAACGAUUAAUUAAGCAAGCGUAACGUUUUCGUCUGAUUAUGAACUUUAUUAUAUAUAUAUGAUAAAAAAUUUUGGCGUGACAUCCGACGAAUGCAGCAAAAACUAUAAUCCAUUAGUACAAACUAUCAAAAACAACUUAUUAUUAAUAAUAUUAAUAUUAUUAUAAUCAAAGAUUCACAGCAAUGCAAUUUAUUCUAUUUUCGAAGAAUUUGAGAGGAUUAAUCAAACAAUUAUGUACUUUUUUGUGUUUACAAAUGUAUUUAAAUUUGAAAUUAAUUUUCUCGAGUUCUUAACAAAGCGAGUUAGAUCACUUGUGUGAAAUAAAUUGUUUAAUUUUAUUGUGCUGUGAAUGUUAUUAAUGUUAUUGUUUCAAAUAUAUAAUUCGCUGGUAAUGUUAAUGUGUUAUUUAAACUAUGUUUAAAUACCAAACUAUUGUAACUUAUUUGCUGAUCUUGCAAAUGACUUUGCAAAAAACGACGUGAUUGGAUGUAUGUCUCAUUUAUUUAACCCAUCGCAUAAAUUCAAUAUAAAUAUUGCGAUAGUAUUGAUAUUAUGGCUGUGCGAUAAUUUGUUUUAUAGCCAAGAUUCACGACAAAUAUGUUUCGCUCAUAUUUAUCGAGUAAUCUAGGUUUUUUGUAAAAUCAAUCUUUUGUAAAAAGAUUGAUUUUACAAAACAUAUCUAUAUUGUAACAAAACAUAUCUAUAUUAUAACAAAACAUAUCUAUAUUGUAGCGUAUCCAUUUUUUAUGAGUUUUUCUUUGCGUUUAUUUGUUGCAUAUAAUUUGAGCUUGGUAGUAAUAAAUAUUUUCUUUGUUCCUAUUUAAUAGUUGAGUAGGAAAAUCAACAAUCAUACACACAUAUCCUUGAUUUAAAAAUAUAUAAAAAUCGAGUAUUACGAAUGGCAACUUGCCAAUUUGAUUCGAUAUGCUAACAGUUAAUGUUUCAAAUCAUUAGAGGGUAAACUCGUUGAAAACCGUUGGAAAAACUCGUUAAUUUGUUGAUAACUCGUUAAAUUGUUGAUCAUAUAUAUAUAAAUUAUGUGUUCCCAUAUUUUACAUAAAAUUAUAAUUUGAAUUAAAUUCAGUACUUAUAAGGUUCAAAGAAGUUAAGAGUCGAACAUGGAAAAAUAUAAUUUAGUCUUUUGUAUUAUUCCACAUACAUAUUACAAAACAUAUUACAAAACUAAAGUUGCAAAUGCAUUCAUAUAAACAAAUUAUGACAUAUAUUGGCAACAAAUAAGAAAUAUGUCAAUAUUUAUAUCUCAAACGCAUCAUUUCAAAAGAUCUAUCUGAAAGUGUCCGCGUGUUGAUAAUAAUGUUGAUGUAUGUUGAUAAUACAAUUGAAAAAAUAGUAUAAAUUAUACACUUGUAAAAAAAAGUUGCAAAAAAAUAAAUGAAAUAAAUUUGAAUUUAAUAAGAAUUUUAUAAAUUUUGUAUAAUAAGAAAAUGUUUCCUAAUGUUUGAAAUGUAAUAUAUAAUCUAUUUCUAUACAUUGUACAGAAAUAUAUAGCAUAAGUCCUCAAAAAAAUUGAAAAUAUAUUUGAUCUCUGAA